UUGUACAACCAUAGAACUCUAAAUAUCGAAAAGUAACAUAAUAAAAAAAAUAUAUCAUUUUAGGAACUCUCUUCAUAUACGUACAUAUAUAUUCAUACACAUAUAUAUUCAUAUACGAAAUGGAUAAUUUUCAUGUGCCAAAGAAGAUCAAUCGAAAUGUACUGAAGGCUCUAGGCAUUCUCCAGGGCGCACAUUCGCUGACAGCUUUUGUGCCGGCUUACAGCAUCGUCAGGCAGGUGGAAUUUCAGAUGCGUCGCAGCAAGAAAAUGGAUAAUAUCGAGGACUGUGUGCUGAAGAGUCUGUGCAGUCUCACCCAUCUGGGAGUUCUGGUUCGCACCGGUCACUCGGACUAUGCGCUGCGUCAAGCGCUCGUGUUUGAGGACGGCACGAGCGCGAUUCCGUGGCUCAGCACAGGUCGAGGACUUGGGAGUUCCGGUACAAAGGUUGCCAAGAAAAAGCCUUCGGUCAGUAAACGUAAUACCACGUCUCGCACCACCCGUCCUGGGCCUAGGGCCAAGAGUGGCGCCUAUCGAAGUGUGGGUCACCAAACCGUAUUAGCACCCAAGCCUUGUCGCAUUUGCCUCAAACGUAGGUCCACUGCCCAGAAGCCAAUGGAGGCUGAGCCGACAGAUGAAGAAUUCUCCGCUUUGCCAUCAGAUCCAAUGGAAGUUCCACAAGAUGGCGAUGUAGAUGGCGAUGGCGAUGUCGAUGGCGAUGUCGAUGGCGAUGCCGAUGUCGAUUCCGAUACCUUUACAUACGAUUCGCGCUGGGACUUUAAUGACCCAAUUCCAAUCUCUUCUAGCAAAUCUUAACGAUCUUCGGUGCAGAAAGGAGAGUAGAAAAUGACAAAAAAGAAGAAAAACCAGAAAAAGGAAAAAUUUGAAAUUUAGUUCAAUAAUUUGUCUUUUGUUAAUCAUUUCAAAUUAGCUCCAAUUCAGAAUUUAUGUAUAUAUGUGUGUUAGCAGUUUUUCAUUUUCAAAAUUUUAAAUA